ACUAAAGAGGAGAGGCAUAAAGUUCAGAUAUCAGCUGCUAAACAAGCAGAGCAGCAGCAGAAGCAACAAGUCUCUGAUGAGCCUCACCUACAUCGUAUCAACCAUGCCUACUCAUAGUAACCUUAUCCUUCUGGUUACUCUUUGGGCCUCAGUUCAGGAAGGUUUUGGUUUCCCAGUGCUAAAGCAGCCAGAGCCAGAAGCUGUUGACAGUCUAGGGACUCACCCGGUGAGGGCCAAGCGCUGCGCCUGCAGCAACCUGUUGGAUUCUGAAUGCCACUACUUCUGCCACCUAGACAUCAUCUGGGUCAAUACACCCAGUAAGACAACGAUUUAUGGCCUAGGUGGGGGUUUGCGGCGGCGUAAAAGGUUUGCCGGGCGCUGUACCUGUGCCAGGCUCGAUGACAAGACCUGCACCAGUUUCUGCCAACUCCGCCCUGAAAUCCAGUCUGAGAAAAGGCCUCAUCUUGACAUGCUCAACAUCUUGAGAGCUGCAGCCAAUAACUCAAAGCAAGCACUGGCUGCAGGGCACUCAGGCGGAGGUCAGUUGCCACAGGGUGAGGAAGAGAACGCCUGAAGUAGUGGUAGCGCAGGGGAAAGAAAGAGGGAGCAGAAGGCGAGCACCUGAACAAAUGAAACUCCUUCAGCAGAAAGGGGUUGCUAAGAGAUGUGUCCGAUCAGGGAAGGCCACAUAUUCUGUUUGUUCCUGCAAAUAGAAAGCUGAAAAAAACCAACAUGCCCAAGCUCUGCAGGUACCCAGAGGAAACAGAUGUGGAGGAUCGGAGAUGAUGGAGAUGCUACCGGAUUAUAUUUAAAUCUGGAUGUGGAGUGUGUGGGAGCAGAGGCGACUGACUCACAGCUUUGAAAGAAAGACAGUGUACAUGCAUGGAUAUAUAUGGGAGAUGCAUGCUAUGUUUGCUUUCAUAUAACCAAUUUCUUUUUUUUUUUCUUUUUUUUUAAUAAAGAUUAUAUAUCAGAAUUAU